UAGAUGUACCGAUUUGAUAAAUAAGGUAAUCAGUGGAAGGGGAGGGGGACCGGGGGCGUGAAGUUCCCGGAAGCACAGGGUGACGCGGCCGGCAGUCCAAGACCCUCAAGAUCACGCCAACAACCAUCUUGUUUGUGCCAACGAUUAAGAUCCAGGAGCAUGCCGGCAACGAUAAGUCCUACUACCUGUGGCAUGGAGCAGUGAUGGCGAAUUGAUGUUCUGCAUCAUCCGCUUCGACUCUGUCGAAGUCCGGUGGUGAUUUUUAAUAACCCAAUCCGAGUCGGAACCAGUGCAGCUCUCGGACAAAAAGGAGAAAAAGUAAAUGAGGAGGUGGAGUACUCAAAUGCUACAUCAAUGCGCUUGGGUGAAAGUGGGGAUGGUUGUUGACUUGGGGCUUACCGAUGGCUGAAUGCUUCGCUUCUUCCUCUUGGUCUGAGGAGGGCAGAGAUGGCAGCUCCUGCUCUUCUCUCAUGGCCCCUCUGCGGCUGCUUCCAGGGCAGGCCAAACCGGCGUCGGAGGCCAGGGACUCGGCGGCUUUGAGGAUCCAUAGCGAGGCCGAGAGGAGGCGUAGGGAGAGGAUUAACGCUCAUCUUUCCACCCUACGGCGUAUGAUUCCCAAUUCUACCAAGAUGGACAAGGCGUCGUUGCUGGGCAGGGUGGUGGAUCAUCUGAAGGAUCUGAAGAGAAGGGCGCUCGACGUCGACGGAACCAUCGCAAUCCCCGCUGAAGUGAAUGAAGUCGACGUGGAAUUCGAUGCAGGGCAUCAGCAUGCUUUCCCUGAGGAGGAGGAGGAGGAGGGAGACGACGACGAUAAGCUGUACAUAAAAGCUUCAGUUUGCUGCGACGAUCGGCCGGACUUGUUGGAAGAACUGAGCGAUGCGUUCCGCCGGUUGGGGCUUCGAGCUGUCAGAGCGGACAUGAUGACUUUGGGGGGACGAUCGCGGAACGUCUUCGUCUUGUUCUUGAAGGAUGGUGAUAGAAGCGUGUGCUUGAGCUCCCUCAACAGGUCCAUAAGAGAGACGUUGGGCAGGGUAGCUUCUUCGGGUGCGCCGCAGUCCAACGUGUUCGUGAGCAGGAGACGCAAAGCCAUGCGAUCGCAUUAGAGUAUUCUAUGUAGGACAUGCAUUAUCGUGUGCUUUGAUGGCGCCAUUCUUGUUAUGUUGACUGAUCCCAUUUAGUUAAUGGUUGGACGCAAUAUGUUGUUUACGUAAAGUAUGUAAGUUCUAUGUAUUCUUAA